AUGACCACAGGCACGAGGGAGCGAGGUCGACAACGGCAUGUCCACAGGCACGAGGGAGCGAGGUCGACAACGGCAUGUCCACAGGCACGAGGGAGCGAGGUAGACAAAGGCAUGUACACAGGCACGAGGGAGCGAGGUCGACAACGGCAUGUCCACAGGCACGAGGGAGCGAGGUCGACAACGGCAUGUCCACAGGCACGAGGGAGCGAGGUAGACAACGGCAUGUCCACAGGCACGAGGGAGCGAGGUAGACAACGGCAUGUCCACAGGCACGAGGGAGCGAGGUCCACAGGCACAGGCGAACGAGAUCGACAACGGCAUGUCGACAGGCACGAGGGAGCGAUGUGGACAACGAAAUGUCCACAGGCACGAGAGAGCGAGGUCGACAACGGCAUGUCCACAGGCACGAGGGAGCGAGGUCCACAGGCACAGGCGAACGAGAUCGACAAGGCAUGUCGACAGGCACGAGGGAGCGAUGUGGACAACGAAAUGUCCACAGGCACGAGGGAGCGAGGUCCACAGGCACAGGCGAACGAGAUCGACAACGGCAUGUCCACAGGCACGAGGGAGCGAUGUGGACAACGGCAUGUCCACAGGCACGAGAGAGCGAGGUCGACAACGGCAUGUGCACAUGCACGAGGGAGCGAGGUCGACAACGGCAUGUCCACAGGCACGAGGGAGCGAGGUCGACAACGGCAUGUCCACAGGCACGAGAGAGCGAGGUCGACAACGGCAUGUCCACAGGCACGAGGGAGCGAGGUCGACAACAUCAAUUUAAAGCAAGCACCGGCGCCCCUCUGCAACCUCUGCUGGUGUGUUGGCGGUGCUGAUGGUUCCGUGGCGCGAUCCGAGAGAUAUGGCUCUGUUCAUUGGCGUAAUGGCUUGUAUCACCAGCGUUUUACACCGACGUAA